AUAAAUUGACUUCCCAUUUCAGUUUUUUUUGUGUGCAGCUAUGACAUCAUUCAGUUUGAGCCAACUGAAAAACUACAACCAACAGUUCCUUGUUCCUUCUCAUUUAUUGUAAAGUAGAUGUCACAUUGUAAUUGGCUACAGCCGGGAACCACUGGGGAACUAGGCUAAUCUCCACCCCCUCAACAAUUUCAGGGCUUUCCAAAAAGCAUUCUUUCCCUUUCGUUGAAUCUGACUCACGUGCAACUAAACAAUAUAUUAUAAAAGGUCCAACAAGAGAAACAUCCACCAUGAGCUUAUGUCAACAUUCACCAGCUGAGAAUGAAUACUUUUCUCAUACUCCUAUGCUUGCUGUCUGAAGCGGUCUCUGUCAACGUCGUAGCUAGAGGAGACACCACUGUUAACUUCAAUGGCGAUGCAUCAUAUACCUGCACCCAUGCGGACCCGACAGGUGUGCUGCAAGUUACCUGGCAGAGACUGUUCAAAGACGACUCGGUGGAGAAUCUUGCCACCUACAGCAAGCGGUUUGGAGCUCAAAUCAUAGACCCGCACCGAGGCAAGGUGGUUUUCACUGAGGCAUCUCUCGACUCGACGUCUAUUACCGUGAAGAAUGUAACAUGGGCGGACGAAGCCUGCUAUAUUUGCUCCUUCAACGUUUACCCGAGUGGAUCAAGACGCAAGCAGAAGUGUCUUACAGUUCAAGGAGUAUCUGAAGUGAGAGCCACAAUGCAAAAAGUCCCCAGCACUGAACCUAAAGUAAACAUGGAAGUUGUGGUCAGCUGCUCAGCCACGGGAAAACCAGCACCUUGGAUCCAAUGGAACAUUUCUGCAGCGGCACUCAUAAAGACGCCUAACAACUGGACUGUCGUUAACAAAGACCAAACUGUUACAGCCAUUAGCAACAUCACCCUCCAACUGUUGCCAGGUUCAGGGGGAUACGUGGACUGUAUGGUAAACAAUGGGACGAGGACACAGAGACACGAGAGAGUUCUGCUUCCUGUUCUCCCUGGAGAGAGGGAGGUUGAAGAGGAUGACAGGAAGACAUCCCUGUGGGCGGUUGGCAUUCCAGUUAUCCUAAUCAUUUCCCUUUUAGUCAUCUUUAGCUGUGUCAAGCUUCAAAAGAAAAAAGGUUGCAGGCAAGCAGCGUUGGCAACCACAGCGGACGAGAAGGACCCUUUUAGGAGCUGUGUGUAAACAUCUGUCUGUUGUUGCUGACUGUGCUUAUAUGCACUGUAGCUGACAGCUGUUUUUGUUGAGGACUGGAGCACCUGUUGUUACUGAGCCUGGAGGUUGAACCUUGUUGAAUCAUUCUUUCGCAGUCAUAAAUAAGCUAAUUAACACAUGCAUUAUACAAGCCAUGAUAUGGUUAAUGCUGUUUAGAGGUACUGAAAUGGCACUUUAGGUUUGAGAGAUUAAUGACCUCUUGUAGGUGAGUGUUGUGAUAAGAGGUAGGUUACCUGUUGCCUGGCAACCCAAACUCCUUGCUCCGGGUCAAACGCUAGGCCACGCCCACUGAUGUUAGCUUCUUCUCCUCAAUGAGUCUGGAUUUGAGUACCUCCCCGACCCUUCACCGAACGCCAACACAUUCAGGGCCGUCUGAUUGUUCCGGUAACCGAUGGGUUGGGCCAGAGCAAGAACACACGUGGGUAAAUCGGCGGUUUGAAAAUUCAUCAUUGGCUUUUAUACUCUGAUUGGUUAGAGACGAUCCAAUCGCUGAAGACUUUGUUUUGUACAAUUCCCCUCGUCACCACAAAUGACUUCAACAAUGGCAGUCUCAGACUAAAGUAUGUAGCGAAUGACAAAGCAGAGGAAGAAUUUAGUUUGAGUCGUCAGGCUAGGUUACCUCAUCCUCUAUUAGGACAGUGCCACCUACUGUUUGACUGUAUUUUAUUAUAACAUACACCAGGUAGAAUAGAUUAAUCUAUUUAUUUUCUGUUCUAAAUAACGUAUUUAAUUUAUUUUUUAUUUUUAUUUCAACCGCCUUCAAUAUGAUAGACCUUGUUGCACUUUUGUUCAAGUUAAGUUUACAGUGUAUUGUUAUUAUAAAUCUAUGGAACUACAGAUAGUUAUUUUUUUCAUGUUAUGUCAGUGUAAUUGUGUGAAUGUAUUUGAGCCCUUAGAAUGUAAUGGUGAUAAUGAUAUUAAUGUUUGCUCUUUGUUUAUUUCUUGUUUGCCAGAUGGAAAUCAUGUUUGACUUCCUGUUGUUAUUUAUUUUUAUAAUGUAUGUUGCUUGUUGUGUUCGAUUCUAAUUUCCACAUGUUUUGACACUGUU